CCGCGCCGGUCUUCCCUGGCUGUACCACCAUGUGCGUAACGCGCGGGUAGAGCCACAAGAGGUUAGCGGCUCCGGGCAGCCCUGAAGGCCUCAGCCCCAGCUGAGCCUCCUCAGAGAAGCCCGUUCCCUUCUCAAAUCUAUGGACGCUUUCCCAACUUGCGUCUUCCCUAGUUACCGUCCCCGCUCUAACUCAGCUCUCACCCGGGGAUAGUCUAUGGUAUAUGCCACUCCCAGCUGAUCCGGUGCCUUGGCGAAACCAAACCGCUCAAGGACAGGGGGAGGCAAGGCGCCGGCGGGGGGGACGCAUUGUUGAGUCAGGGGCCGAGUGGCGGGGGAGGGCUGGCGCACCCCGCUGCCACAGCGGGGUCGUCACAGAAGCCGGCGGGCGGGAGGGGCCUCCGCACGGAUCUCCGCGCCGUGUCUCCGCUCCCCAGCGGGCCCGACCGGUAGGGCGCGGCCGCCCCCCUCCCGCGGCCGCCCCUCCACCACCUCCCCAGUGGUGUCUCCCGGCUCCAGCUGACCGGCCUGGAAUCCCGGCUGGGAACCCCGCGCCCCCCCGCCUGCCGCUGCCGCCGCCCCGCGCCCCGGCCCCACCAUGGGAGACGCCGGCAGCGAGCGCAGCAAGGCGCCCAGCCUGCCACCGCGCUGCCCCUGCGGCUUCUGGGGAUUUCCAGAAGAAACAGCCAGACGAUGACUCUACUCCCAGCACAAGCAACAGCCAGUCAGAUUUGUUCUCUGGAGAAACAAACAGUGACAACAGCAAUACCUCUCUAACCAUGCAGGCCGCUAACUCCAACCAGCAACUUUUGACAGAACUGAAUGUAACUUCACCGAGCAAAGAGGAAUGUGGGCCAUGCACAAGUACAGCUCAUGCCUCGUUAACCACACCAACCAAAAGAUCUUGCAACUCAGAUUCACAGUCGGAGAGUGAGGCUUCUCCUGAGAAACGGCCACGGCUACUGGAUGACAGUAAUGACAGACCUGAAGAAACCAGUCGAUCCAAACAGAAGAGUAGACGCCGAUGCUUCCAGUGCCAAACAAAACUGGAGCUAGUACAGCAGGAACUGGGAUCAUGUCGCUGUGGUUAUGUGUUCUGUAUGUUACAUCGCCUGCCUGAACAGCAUGACUGCACAUUUGACCACAUGGGACGUGGGCGUGAGGAAGCCAUUAUGAAAAUGGUGAAACUGGAUCGGAAAGUAGGGAGAUCUUGCCAACGCAUUGGCGAAGGAUGUUCCUGAGUGCAAGACUGCAACCAAAUGCUGUUCUCUUAGUUCACUAAUGUUAGCCUUAUUUAGGACAAAGUCAGCCAGACACCUUGUACUAGGCAAGUUUCAGACUACAGCCAAUCAGUUUCCUUUCUUUAGCCAGCUGUCCUGGUACUGUAGUUUAGGGGUUGAUGGUGGUUGAAAUUGAUUUCUGGCUGGUUACUAAGGUGCCUGCUAGCCACCGUAUAAAAAUAAAACAUGAAGAAAUACUA